AUGUCGGACGAUGAUGAUUUCAUGCAGGAUUCGGCCGACGAGGACUACGACUUUGAGUAUGAGGAUGACGAAGAUGAAGAGUCCGGCGACAUUGGCAUUGAGAACAAGUACUACAAUGCGAAGCAGAUGAAGGUGGACAACCCUUUGGAGGCUAUCGACGAAUUCCUCGGCCUGCCUCCGAUGGAGCAAGAUAAGGGUGAAUGGGGUUUCAAGGGUCUGAAGCAAGCCAUCAAGCUUGAAUUCAAGCUUGGGCGCUACGGUGAUGCCGUCGAACAUUACCGAGAGCUGCUUACCUACGUCAAGUCUGCCGUCACUCGCAACUACUCCGAAAAGUCCAUCAAUAACAUGCUCGAUUACAUCGAGAAAGGUUCCGACGACGCUCAGGCCUACAAGUGCAUGGAACAAUUCUACUCCCUGACGCUCGACUCCUUCCAAAACACCAACAAUGAGCGUCUUUGGUUAAAGACGAAUAUCAAGCUCUGUCGUUUGUGGUUGGAGCGCAAGGAAUUUGCUCAGCUUACCAAGAAGGUCAAAGAGUUGCACAAGGCAUGUCAACGCGAGGAUGGCACAGACGAUACAAGCAAGGGCACUUAUCUGCUUGAGCUCUUUGCGCUCGAAAUUCAGAUGUACGCGCAAAUGCAGAACAACAAGCGUCUCAAGGUCCUCUAUCAGCGGGCCCUGCGGGUCCGAUCAGCUGUCCCACAUCCUAAAAUUAUGGGCAUCAUCCGUGAGUGCGGUGGUAAGAUGCACAUGAGCGAGGAAAAUUGGGAAGAAGCCCAGAGCGACUUUUUCGAAUCCUUCCGCAACUACGAUGAAGCUGGCUCGAUGCAACGCAUUCAGGUCCUCAAGUACCUUGUUUUGACUACGAUGUUGAUGAAGUCGGAUAUCAAUCCAUUCGACUCCCAAGAAACCAAGCCUUACAAGAAUGAUCCUCGGAUCUCUGCCAUGACCGACCUUGUUGAUGCGUUCCAGCGUGAUGACAUUCACGCUUAUGAAGAUGUCUUGAGCAAGCACCCGGACGUCUUGUCGGACCCAUUCAUUGCGGAAAAUAUCGAUGAAGUCAGCCGAAACAUGCGCACAAAGGCCUUGUUGAAAUUGGUUGCGCCCUACACUCGCUUUUCGAUUGAUUUCAUAGCCAAGCGUCUGAAGAUCUCUGUACCGGAGGUCAUGGAAAUCACAAGUUUCCUGAUCCUUGACCACAAACUCAAGGCCCAGAUCGAUCAAGAAAGCGGUAUUGUGACCAUUGACAGCGCAAGUGACACGGAGCGACUGCGUGCGCUCCGCGAUUGGAAUUCCUCGCUAAGAAACCUUUGGCAAGCGGCCCUCAACGGUGAGGGUUUCCGCCCCGAUGAGAACGGCCAAGGCGGACAGGUGUUUUCAGGGUCUCUCGAUGGCCUCCAACGGGGACUGAUGAGUCGAAAUAUCCGUCAGUCCGACUUUGUGGGCCGGAGUACUCUUGGGAAGGUACCUGCCGAUGGGGUUUAA